AAAAUAAAAUCGAAGGCCACUCCCUCUCUCUCUCUCGUUUCUCUCCCUAAUUAACUACAAACGAAGCUUAGGAUGUCUUCGGCUCCAUUUCUGAACUGACCUCGCUGUUCGUCCCCGCAGAACUUCAAGAGUAGAAAGGGAGCGAUACUCUCGAAGUUGUCGCCCAUUGAAUUGAACAAGGGUUUCUGCAAUGCACCGUGUGGGUAGUGCGGGGAACACAUCUAACUCAUCCCGCCCAAGGAAGGAAAAGAGGUUGACGUAUGUGCUGAAUGAUGCUGAUGGCACAAAGCAUUGUGCAGGGGUAAAUUGCUUGGCAGUAUUAAGGACGUCAGUACCUGAUGGUUGUGACUAUCUUUUUACUGGAAGCCGAGAUGGAACACUGAAGAGAUGGGCUCUGGCUGAAGAUUCUGCUACCUGCUCUGCUACAUUUGAGUCUCAUGUUGACUGGGUCAAUGAUGCAGUCCUUGCAGGUGAUAACAUCCUUGUGUCAUGCUCCUCAGACACCACCCUAAAGACCUGGAAUUGCUUGUCUGAUGGGACUUGUACAAGGACUCUUCGUCAACACUCUGACUAUGUUACUUGUCUUGCAUCAACCCAGAAAAAUAGCAAUAUUGUUGCCUCUGGUGGCCUUGGUGGGGAGGUUUUCAUUUGGGACCUUGAAGCUGCACUUGUUCCAGUCUCAAAGUCCACUGAUGUAAUGGAAGAUGAUAGUUCAAAUGGUUUAAUGGGCACUGGGAAUUCUGGGCUGCCCAUUACAAGUUUACGUUCUAGUAGUCCAAGCAGCAGCAUUUCACUCCACCCGAACCAGUCACAUGGAUAUGGUCCUAUUGCUGCAAAGGGUCAUAAAGAGUCCGUUUAUGCAUUGGCAAUGAAUGACGAUGGAAGCCUACUUGUUUCUGGUGGAACUGAGAAGGUUGUGCGUGUUUGGGAUCCUAGAACUGGUUCAAAGACUAUGAAGUUAAGGGGGCACACAGAUAACAUAAGGGCUCUCCUUCUGGAUCCUACUGGAAGUUUCUGCUUAUCAGGAUCCUCUGAUUCUAUGAUCAGACUAUGGGAUCUUGGUCAGCAGCGUUGUGUACAUUCCUAUGCUGUGCAUACAGACUCUGUUUGGGCACUUGCCAGCACGCCAACAUUCAGCCAUGUUUAUAGUGGUGGAAGGGACCUUUCUUUAUACCUAACAGACUUGGCAACAAGAGAGAGUGUGCUACUUUGCACAAAAGAACACCCUAUUUUGCAACUUGCAUUGCAUGAUGAUAGCAUAUGGGUUGCAACAACUGAUUCUUCGGUGCAUAUGUGGCCGGCUGACGGACAUAACCCACAGAAGGUUUUUCAAAAAGGUGGUUCAUUUUUGGCUGGCAAUUUGUCCUUUUCCAGGGCAAGAGCUUGUUUAGAAGGAUCUACCCCCGUACCUGUUUACAAAGAACCAUCAUUUACGAUUCCUGGAACUCCAGGAAUUGUUCAGCAUGAAAUUUUAAACAACAGACGGCAUAUCCUGACUAAGGAUACAGCGGACUCGGUUAAGCUAUGGGAGAUCACCAGGGGAAUUGUGGUUGAGGAUUAUGGCAAGGUUUCAUUUGAAGAGAAGAAGGAAGAACUGUUUGAGAUGGUGAGUAUUCCUGCAUGGUUCACUACAGACACUAGGCUUGGAAGCUUGUCUAUCCAUUUGGACACACCACAAUGCUUUUCUGCUGAAAUGUAUUCUGCUGACCUUAACAUUCCUGGGAAACCUGAGGAUGACAAGGUCAAUCUAGCACGAGAAACACUU